AAUACUGCAUUUUAUAACUCCCUUAGAAAUGCAGGCGUCCUGAAGAAGUCAGGAUUUAAUUCAUCCUGGUUGAAACCCUACCAGCGAUACUAACCAGCCCACUAUUUCUGGACAGAAACGUAGAACCCUCUCUCUGGUUCCCCCCCACCACCACCACCAUGACGCUAGAAGUUUUGAGUAAAGGACCGAGUCCCCUACGGCGGCGUUUCGUGCGGGUUCUGAGAAGCCGAGAGCACGGUGCUCAGUGGUUGUUACAACCGAGAGACCACGUCACGUACUGUUCAGGUGAAUCAGUUUGUCCAACUGGGGUUUUCCCGUUCCCUCCCUCGGCAAAUACCAAACAACCCUGCUCACCGCCCCACACAGCGGGCUCUCGGUUCGGUUUUGGUGGUUUAUCCUUUACGUGCCAAUCAAGGAAUCCCUUUAUCUUUCUGAAGUAGUGCUAACUCCUCCUGAACAGCUGGGACUGUAUCGAUCUCCGCUUCACUCGCAUUAGACUUUUGGAGGGACAAUCUUGUUUUUGCAGGGCAACAUAAGUGGGCGCCUCAUCGCUCCAGUCUAACUAUCCAUGCCUAAGUCACGCGUGUGCAAAGUGACUGGACUGGUACGGUUCUGAGCACUGAGGGACUCGUCAAGAAACCCAGAAUGACUUUUCCCUGAUCCUUCGUUGGGGAAACACGACUUAGCCUCCAGGUUGAGUUUAUAGUCGGUGAAAGACGCGGGACUCAAGAGACGCCCCCGUUUCGCCGGCUCCGCCCAGCAAAAGUUUUACAGCUAGAAGGAGGAGCUCCCGGAUGGGAGGGUCCGCGCACGCGCCGCACGGGGAUUCCAGAAGCGUAACUGAGAAAUGAGAUGGAGAAGUACGAGCGGAUCCGAGUGGUGGGAAGAGGUGCCUUCGGGAUCGUGCACCUGUGCCUCCGAAAGGCUGACCAGAAGCUGGUGAUUAUCAAGCACAUCCCUGUGGAACAGAUGACCAAGGAAGAGAGGCAGGCGGCGCAGAACGAGUGCCAGGUGCUGAAGCUGCUCAACCACCCCAACGUCAUCGAGUACUACGAGAACUUCCUGGAGGACAAGGCCCUCAUGAUCGCCAUGGAGUAUGCGCCAGGUGGCACCCUGGCAGAGUUCAUCCAGAAGCGCUGCAACUCCCUGCUGGAGGAGGAGACCAUCCUUCACUUCUUUGUGCAGAUCCUGCUCGCACUACAUCACGUGCACACACACCUCAUCCUGCAUCGGGACCUCAAGACCCAGAACAUUCUUCUUGACAAGCACCGCAUGGUCGUCAAGAUCGGUGACUUUGGCAUCUCUAAGAUCCUCAGCAGCAAGAGCAAGGCCUACACGGUGGUGGGUACUCCAUGCUACAUCUCCCCUGAGCUGUGUGAGGGCAAGCCCUACAACCAGAAGAGUGACAUCUGGGCUCUGGGCUGUGUCUUGUAUGAGCUGGCCAGCCUCAAGAGGGCCUUCGAGGCUGCGAACUUGCCAGCCCUGGUGCUGAAGAUCAUGAGUGGCACCUUUGCACCCAUCUCUGACCGGUACAGCCCUGAGCUACGCCAGCUGGUCCUGAGUCUGCUCAGCCUGGAGCCUGCACAGCGGCCACCCCUCAGCCACAUCAUGGCGCAGCCCCUCUGCAUCCGGGCCCUACUCAACAUCCACACCGAUGUGGGCAGCGUGCGCAUGCGGAGGGCAGAAAAAUCCCUGACCUCAGGACCACCUAUGGCCUCUGGCAGCACAGGGAGCAGGGCCACCAGUGCCCGAUGCAGGGGUGUUCCCCGGGGACCGGUGAGACCUGCCAUCCCGCCACCACUGUCUUCCGUUUAUGCAUGGGGUGGUGGCCUUAGCAGUCCCCUGAGGUUGCCAAUGCUCAACACGGAGGUGGUGCAGGUGGCCGCAGGGCGCACGCAGAAGGCUGGCGUUACACGCUCUGGCCGCCUCAUUCUGUGGGAGGCCCCACCCCUGGGAGCUGGAGGCGGUACACUCCUUCCGGGGGCGGUGGAGCUGCCUCAGCCCCAGUUCGUCUCUCGUUUCCUGGAGGGCCAGUCAGGUGUGACCAUCAAACAUGUGGCCUGCGGGGACCUGUUCACCGCUUGCUUGACAGACCGAGGCAUUAUCAUGACAUUCGGCAGUGGCAGCAACGGGUGUUUAGGUCACGGCAACCUGACUGACAUCAGCCAGCCCACCAUUGUAGAAGCCCUGCUGGGCUACGAGAUGGUGCAGGUGGCCUGUGGGGCUUCUCAUGUGCUGGCCCUGUCCACAGAUGGAGAGUUAUUUGCCUGGGGCCGAGGAGAUGGUGGUAGGCUGGGACUAGGCACCAGGGAGUCCCAUAACUGCCCUCAGCAAGUGCCUGUGGCCCCAGGACAGGAAGCUCAGAGAGUUGUCUGUGGUAUUGACUCUUCUAUGAUCCUCACCUCACUAGGCAGGGUCCUGGCGUGUGGAAGCAACAGGUUCAACAAGCUGGGCUUGGACCACCUCUCCCUGGACGGGGAGCCAGUUCCCCUGAAUCAGCAUGUGGAGGAAGCCCUGAGUUUCACAGCCCUGGGCUCUGCACCUCUGGACCAGGAGCCCCUGCUGUGGGUGGACCUUGGUACUGCCCACUCAGCUGCUGUGACUGCUUCCGGGGACUGCUAUACUUUUGGCAGCAAUCAACAUGGGCAAUUGGGCACCAGUUCCCGCCGGGUCAGCAGGGCACCCUGUCGGGUCCAAGGCCUAGAGGGCAUCAAGAUGGUGAUGGUGGCCUGUGGGGAUGCCUUCACUGUAGCCGUUGGGGCAGAGGGGGAAGUGUAUUCUUGGGGCAAAGGAGCUCGAGGUCGACUGGGCAGGAAGGAUGAGGAUGCUGGGCUCCCUAGGCCAGUGCAGCUGGGUGAGACUCAUCCAUACACGGUGACUUCAGUGUCCUGUUGCCAUGGGAACACUCUUCUGGCUGUUCGAUUCACAGAUGAGCCAGUGCCCCCCUGAGGCAACAGGACGAUUCAAGAUACCACCUCUGAGUGUUCUGAAAAAAUGCAGGUGCCCCAGGAGGAGUGACUGUUUUCAGCGUCCUGGAUUGUGUCAUCAAUGGGGUAGAAAGGACAGCGAAGUCUACUCUGUUCCCCCAAGUCCCCGUUCCCAAACUCCUUAUCUCACUAAAUAUCUGUAGGCUCCAGUCUGGCAGGAGUCAACUGAGGAUGGCCUUUGCAAAAAAAUGUGCCUUCUCCCAACCACCCCAGCCCAGUUAGAAAGGAAGUCACUGACAGUGUCUUCUUGGAGACUGCUGCAAUGCUUUGGAAUAGGGCAAGUCAGGGCUUGUUUGGACUGGCCAUUAGGCUAGCCUAAUCACUGUUUAGCUUGCAGCUGAUAGGUUGGAGGGAGUCCCCUUUUCCGUCUUAUCCUGAGGCAAGGGUUUGCACAACCCCUGAGAGGGCACCCCUCCCCCCUCUCAGCGAGAGUGUGCUGGAGCUAUUUUUUGUUUGCUGAGGAGAUACUGCUGAAGGUUGUCCUCACCCCAGGCCAUUCCUCAGACCUAGACUGGGGAGAAAGGUAGCAGGCCAAUCCCGACCAAUUUCUCAAAGGUUUCAAAGUAGCACCAAUAAAAAUAUCAAAUGCU